CUUGAAAGUGAAGGCUGUAGUGUAGGGACACGGCCCAGAGAUUUAUAGCAUAAAAUAUUUUGCCGCUGAGCCUCCCAUGUAGCUAUAUAAGGAGAGCCAUAGUGCAAGAAGAAUUGAUUCAGAGCCAAAAACAAGCAGCAGGAAGAUUGAGAAAGAAUGGUGGAUGUUUAUGGUAAGAGAAGAGGGAGGUUGUUCGGAGCUUCAAUGUGUGGCGGUGCAGAGUCACAGGAGAUUGAGCAGUUGUCGAGAGAGGGCAGCCAUUACAGCCUUUCAACUGGGAUUCUUCCUUCACUUGGCGCCAGAAGUAAUCGCAGAGUCAAGCUUCGGUCUUUCAUUGUUUCACCUUAUGAUCGCCGUUACAGAGCAUGGGAGACCUUUCUGGUUGUUCUGGUCAUCUACACUGCUUGGGUGUCUCCAUUUGAACUUGGGUUUCUUGAUAAGCCAGAGGGGCCUCUAGCCAUUACGGAUAAUGUUGUAAAUGGAUUUUUUGCCAUCGACAUUGUCCUCACUUUCUUCGUAGCUUACCUGGAUAGAAAUACAUAUCUCCUUGUUGACAACCCAAAGCAGAUUGCUUGGAAGUAUGCGACCUCUUGGUUGGCAUUUGAUGUCAUAUCCACAAUCCCCUCCGAACUUGCUCGGAAGAUCUCCCCCAAACCUUUACGGACGUAUGGCUUAUUCAACAUGCUUCGUCUCUGGCGUCUCAGAAGAGUUGGUGCGUUGUUUGCCAGAUUGGAGAAAGAUAGAAAUUUCAACUACUUUUGGGUUAGGUGCGCAAAGCUUAUAUGCGUUACCCUUUUUGCAGUUCAUUGCGCUGGCUGCUUUUAUUAUCUACUUGCUGCCCAUUACCGUGAACCAGAGAAUACUUGGAUUGGAGCAUCUAUGCAUGAUUUCCUUCAGCGGAGCCUGUGGGCUCGUUAUGUAACUUCAAUUUACUGGUCUAUCACUACCCUCACUACUGUUGGCUAUGGAGAUUUGCAUGCUGAAAAUACAAGGGAGAUGAUAUUUGACAUUUUCUACAUGCUCUUUAACCUUGGACUGACAGCAUAUUUGAUAGGAAAUAUGACAAAUUUGGUGGUCCAUGGGACUAGUAAGACUAGGCAUUUUAGAGAUACCAUCCAAGCUGCCUCAAGUUUUGCGCAGAGGAAUCAGUUGCCUGCUCGCCUUCAAGAUCAGAUGCUAUCGCAUUUGUGUUUGAAGUUUCGAACCGAUUCCGAGGGUUUGCAGCAGCAAGAGACUCUUGAUUCACUUCCGAAAGCCAUUCGCUCGAGUAUUUCACAUUUCCUUUUCUACUCUCUUGUAGACAAGGUAUACCUGUUCCGUGGAGUGUCCAACGAUUUACUCUUCCAGCUGGUCUCUGAGAUGAAGGCCGAGUAUUUCCCUCCCAAAGAGGAUGUAAUCUUGCAGAAUGAAGCACCAACUGACUUUUAUAUUCUUGUAACGGGGGCAGUGGAUCUGUUGGAACUGAAAAAUGGAGUUGAACAGGUUGUUGGAGAGGCCAAAACCGGUGAGCUUUGUGGUGAGAUUGGUGUACUUUGUUAUAGGCCUCAACUUUUCACUGCGCGAACGAAAAGAUUAAGCCAGCUAUUACGACUGAAUCGUACCACAUUCUUAAACAUUGUUCAGGCAAAUGUUGGUGAUGGGACAAUUAUCAUGAAUAAUCUUCUGCAGCAUUUGAAGGAAUUAAAGGACCCUAUAAUGGAGGGUGUUCUACUAGAAACUGAGAACAUGCUCGCUCGGGGAAGAAUGGACCUUCCUCUUACUCUAUGCUUUGCAGCACUUAGAGGAGACGACUUAUUGUUGCAUCAUUUACUGAAGAGAGGUCUAGAUCCAAAUGAAUCAGACAAUAAUGGAAAGACAGCUCUGCACAUUGCAGCAUCAAAAGGAAACGAGAACUGCGUGCUUCUUUUGCUGGAUUUUGGUGCCGAUCCCAACAGCAGAGAUUCAGAAGGAAGUGUACCACUAUGGGAAUCAAUGCUUGGCGGCCACAAAUCAGUUAUUAAACUACUGUCAGAUAAUGGUGCUAAGUUAACCUCUGGUGACAUUGGUCUAUUUUCUUGCACGGCCACCGAACAAAAUAGCUUGGAUUUGCUCAAGGAAAUAGUUCGUCGUGGGGGGAAUGUCACUCAGCCAAAGAACAAUGGAUGCACGGCUCUUCACAUUGCUGUUUGUGAAGGCAACAUCGAAAUAGUCAAAUUUCUCCUAGACCAAGGUGCUAAUAUCGACAAAGCAGAUGAAAAUGGUUGGACGGCAAGAGACCUAGCCGAGCAGCAAGGACAUGAUGAUAUUAAGGAACUUUUUGAAUCUUAUAAAGGGGCCAACACCGACCGCACUGUCCCGAUCCCUGAGGAGCGCCACGGAGUUCGUUUCUUGGGGAGAUUUAAAAGUGAGCCUACAAUCUUACCAGUUAACCAGGAGGGCUCAUUUCCAGCAUCAGAUGGGUCGUGGGGAAGAUCUCGUCCCAGGCGUAGAACUAAUAAUUUCUACAAUUCGCUAUUCGGGAUCAUGUCAGCCGCACAGACGGGGGAGAAUAACUUGCUUUCGUCCCUGGAUGGGGCACAAACUGCAGUAACCGGCAGAAGUUAUGCUCCCAGAGUGACCAUAAGCUGCCCUGAGAAAGGAGAUUCUGCAGGAAAGCUUGUCUUGCUCCCAGACAGCUUCGAAAAACUAUGGGAAAUAUGCGCUAAGAAAUAUGGUUUCUUCCCUGCAAAAGUUUUGAGCAAAGAUGGAGCUGAGAUCGAUGACAUUGUCCUAAUAAGAGAUGGCGAUCAUUUAGUUUUUGCCAUUGGUGAUAGAACGGAUGAGGCUGGAGAUCAAGCUUGAAGCAACUGCAAAGCAGUCGCGUCAUGUUUUCUAAUCCUUUUUGCAAAUUUUUAGAUUCUUUUUAGGUUUCCAACCAUCUUUGUUUAGACUGGCAAUGCUAUUUGGAUGCCGGUUUUUCACAUAUGAAAUAUUCACUUUUAUACUACCCCUGAAAUAUUCUAAGAGCUUGCUUAAGUGUAAAGAUGAUAGUAUUCAUCCUGUCAGCUGCUACUCAUGUUAUGGGAUCUUUACACCA